UAUUUGCACGGCAGCCAUAUUGUCGUAUAUAUUUUGUGAAGGAUUUUGCAGAAGACUUCUGAUCUUUUAGUAGAAAAAUAUCUUGUAAACAAUUUUCAACGUGAUUAUAAUCUAAAUAAUGGAUUCAUUGGUCGGUUACGGAAGCGACGAUGAAGUUGAGUCUGACCGCUACGUCCAACAGCCAUCGGUAAGUUUUCCAUUUCAUGAAACUAAAUUAGAUUUAGUGAGCAACGGCGGACGAAGGAAAGAACAGGACGUCAACUACGAGAGCGUAAACAUGGACAUGAGCGAGGAGUCUGGUGAGUCGGAGCCCGAGCUGCCGCCAGCGGAGCCCCAGCCGACGCGAAAGGAUUCCCGGGAUGACAGGAGGGGCUCUAACGACAGCCGCGAGCGCUCGGCGGAGAGGCGCGAGCGGCGCCGCGACCGCGAGCGGCGCUCGCCGCGCAGGGACGGCCGCGAGCGGCUUGUGUUUCACAGAGCGGAGCGAAGCCGGCGCGACGGCCCGCGACGCGGCGAGCGACCCGAGCCUAAAAUGCCAGCCCUCAUGGACCUGAAGCCACACAGCGACGCGCCGCACGACACCCGCGACGCCGCUUCGCCCCGGUUCGUGGACCGCGAUCGGCGUGACAGAGACAGGGAGCGUGAGCGUGAACGUGAACGUGAACGUGAAAGAGAUAGAGAGGGGCGGCACGGCAGAUCGGAGGAGAGACGUUCUGGCCGAGAUCGCCUAUCGGAGCGUUCCAGGUCUCGUGGUGCGGCCUUCCCGCCGCCCCAUUCAGUAUCGAAUGAUAGGCGAGGCUCUCCACCAUCAGGAGAUUACAGACCGUCCUCAUAUAAAGUUAACAAAAAGCUUGAAGUUAUGGAAAAAAUGGGUUUACAAAUCAAGACACCGGAUGGAUCAAUGGCCACCGCCCAGCAGUUGCGUGCAGCGGCUGGUGACGGCCUUCCCGCCUACUGCAACCCCGGGGCUCUCAACUCUUCAAAGAUACUCGAUCAGGUACAAAAGCGCAAGUUGCUAUGGUCAAACAAAGAAAAGAAAGUGGCAGAAGCUGAAGCGGCCAAGUGGAGCGGUGCGCGGUUCGCGCAGGACUCGGACGGGAAACAGGUGUCAAAGUUCAUGAGACUGAUGGGAAUCAAGGACCCCUCUGCCGUUAUCACAGAAACCGUCGACUCCACAGUGGACCCUAAUAAGAAGCAAGAGGAACUGUUCCAAGCAAUGCAAGCACAGUACGAAGUGGCCCGAGCGACCACGCACACUAUGAGAGGUGUCGGUCUUGGCUUCCAACGGGGCAACUUCUGAAAACUGGAAAGUUGAUACUAGCUAGUAGGAACAACUGCUAGAUACUUUACCUGAAGAAAAGCUUAAGGCUCAGUGAAACGAUAAAUAUAUUCUAAACGUGACUGUAAAAUGUGCACGCUUUCAUUUUUUAUAAGUGAACUUUUAAGCAAUAUUUUCCAAAGGUGCAAGAUUUUAGUGGAACAGUUUUAGUGCAUAGUGAAAAGUCCCUAUUAGAUUAAUUUUCUACUGUGUAUGUUUGGAACACAUAAAGUAUUUUCUUACUUCAUUGCUGUAUGCCUGUGGUCUAAUUAAUUUACAAAUUAAUUAAGUGAUAAGAGCUAAUUACAUCUGUACCAAAAUAUCGACAAUUUUUCAUUGUGUAUGCAUUAUUAAUUCUUUUUCUUUUAUGUUUAUUUACAUUGUAACUCUAUCAAACUGUUCUAAACAAAUUAAUGAUAAACACCACAAAGACUAUUAUGUUAAUUGUGUAA